AUGCAGGCCGGGGGGAGAAGCCCGCUCUGCGCCUCGGCCGGACUUCUGCUGUGCCUGGGCUGGCUGUGCCUGUCGCCCGGUGCCCCCUCGCCCUGCCUGGAAGAGUGCCGCUGCUACCUGAGCGCGCUGCUCUGCCAGGAGCCGCGCGACAUCCACUCCCUGGCGCAGCUGCGCAGCUUGGAGAACUUCACCGAAAUGGUCCUUGUGGGGAACCCCCUCCGGUGUGUUUGUGGCCUCCUGUGGUUGCAGUCCUGGCAGCAGAAGAGGCAGCUGGACUGGGCGGGCAACCAAUCCUUCCAGUGCCUGCAGGAGGACAGGAGGCUGGUGCCCGUCUUCAACCUCACCCUCUCCGGCUGUGAUUUCCCCCAGGUCAGGAUCGACUACGACCCCACCCCGAUGGGGGAAGGCGAGAGCGUCAACCUGACGUGUCACAUCUCCGGACAGCCGCAGCCGGUGGCCGACUGGGACUUGCCCAAGGUGUGGGGUGAAGCCCCCAUCAAAACCAAGAAGUCAGAUUCGGAGAUUGUGCUGCAGAUCACCAACAUUUCUGCCAGCUACAACCUGCAGAACAUCACCUGCCAAGCCGAGAACGAGGCGGGCAUGGGGGAAGCCGUGGCCAGGCUGAACGUGACCUUCCCUGCCGUGAUCCGGGCGCUGAGUAAGGCUAUCAUGUACUACCGCUGGUGCAUCCCCUUCUCGGUGGAUGGCAACCCCACGCCCAGCAUCCGCUGGCAGCUGGACCACCGGGACCUCCUGGAGACGGAGAUCGUUUACACCAAGCUCUUCCCGGAGGACAUCCCCACCACGACCAUCGUCCACGGCUGCCUGGUCCUCGACAAGCCCUCCCACUUCUCCAACGGAAACUACACCCUGCUGGUGGCCAACGCCCUGGGAUCGGACUCCCGUACCACCUUCCAGCACUUCAUGGAGAACCCGGAAAACUUCCCCUAUGACAUACCUUUCCCCGGACCAGAGGACACGAACGUCACCGAGGACGGCCCCGUGGAGACCCCGGAGGAGCACCCGGUUGGGAUCUCGGUGGCGGUGGGCCUGGCCGUGUGCGCCUGCCUCUUCCUGUCUAUCAUGCUGGUCUUCCUCAACAAGUGUGGACAGCGCUCCAAAUUCAGCCUCCAGCGGUCGGUGGUGCUGGCCCAAGAGGAUGAGCUGGCCAUGUCCCUGCAGUUCAUGGACGUGAGCGGAAGCCCCCGCUCCUCCGUGGAGGCCAAGCUGGAGGGGCUGAAGAGCAGCUUCGUGGAGAACCCCCAGUACUUCUGCAACACCCCCGUCCGGCACCUGAAGCGCCGGGAGAUCGUGCUGAAGUGGGAGCUGGGCGAGGGGGCUUUUGGGAAGGUCUUCCUGGCCGAGUGCCACAACCUCAGCCCCACCCAGGAGAAGAUGCUGGUGGCCGUCAAGACCCUGAAAGAGGCGACCGAGAGCGCCCGGCUGGACUUCCAGCGGGAGGCGGAGCUGCUGACCGUCCUGCAGCACCAGCACAUCGUCAAGUUCUACGGGGUCUGCACCGAUGGGGAACCCCUCAUCAUGCUCUUCGAGUACAUGAAGCACGGAGACCUCAACCGCUUCCUCCGGUCGCACGGGCCUGAUGCCAAGAUGCUGGACAACGGGAACGGCCAGUCCUUCGGCCAGCUGACCCUGAGCGAAAUGCUGCAGAUCGCCACGCAGAUCGCCUCCGGCAUGGUCUACCUCGCUUCCCAGCACUUCGUCCACCGGGACCUGGCCACACGCAACUGUCUGGUGGGACACGGCCUGGUGGUGAAAAUCGGGGACUUUGGAAUGUCGCGGGACGUUUACAGCACCGACUAUUACCGGGUGGGGGGCCGUACCAUGCUCCCCAUCCGCUGGAUGCCCCCCGAGAGCAUCCUGUACCGCAAGUUCACCACCGAGAGCGACAUCUGGAGCUUUGGCGUGGUCCUUUGGGAGAUCUUCACCUACGGGAAGCAGCCGUGGUACCAGCUCUCCAACACGGAGGCCAUCGAGUGCAUCACGCAGGGCCGGGAGCUGGAGAGGCCGCGCCCCUGCCCCUCGGAGGUCUACGACAUCAUGCAGAGCUGCUGGCAACGGGAGCCCCACCAACGGCAGAGCAUGAAGGCCAUCCACAGCCGCCUGCAGACCCUGGUCAAGGCCCCCCCGGUGUACCUGGCUAUUCUCAGCUAAGGGGGAGGGGGAGAAAGGGGGAAGCCCCCCCAACGUCUCCACCCACCCAUCCAUCCAUCCAUCCAAGCAAGAAAUUCAACCCAUGCAAGACCCCUUUCCUGAACUCUGCCCGCUCCUUCCGGACGGUUUCCUGGCCGGCUGCAGGCAGGGCUGAGAAGCAGCCCCCUCCCCACCUUCUGUAUAUAAAGGCUUGUUUAGGGAAAGAGACCCUGACCCGCUGGAAGAGACCCUGGGGCCCCCAUUCGCUGCCUCUUGGAUGCUGGGCAGCUGCCAGGCAGACCCAGGAGGGAGGGAGGUGAGGCGGGGAAGCCACUCAGCUUCGUCCGGGGUGACGUAAACCUGCUUCUCCACAAGACGAUGGGAGUGACUCUCUCCUCCAGGCGCCUCCGGGGAGGGGGGGUGUCAGAGUGGGCCCCCCCCAGGAGAAAGGCUGCGGCUUCCACCUUCUUAUUUAUUGUCCUCAGCUGUAAACCUUCAUUGUAAUAAAUAAACUUUUCCUGGCAGUGGGGAGGGGGCUCUGGGGGAGUCAGACCAAAGACCACCUGAGGUUCAGAAGGGGCUGGCAAAGGAUGACAGAC